AUGCGGCGCCUGGAGGCAGAGGGGCUGUCGCAGAGGUGCCAGCGGCUGCCCUGCCGCGAGGCGACGCGCGAGGAGCUCGAGCUGCGGCACACGGCGGAGCACGUGGAGGCGAUGCUCGGGCUGGGAGCGCUCGGGGAGGCCGCGGCGGCCCAGAAGGGCCGGGAGUACAAGGACGUCUUCCUGUGCCCCGAGUCCACGACGGCUGCCCUCCUCUCCGCCGGCGCGGUACUGGAGGCCACGGAGCGGGUGUGCGCGGGAGAGGCACCGUCGCCGGGGACAAGCGGCAGGGGGGGGUUCGCGCUUCGGUCCGCCGCAAUCUGUACAUAA